AUGGAGACGCAGGACAGCAUUGAUAUUGUCAAGCUGCAACGCGUCGCGUUGGGGCUAGAGCACGACCCAUCCCAGUCAUUCUUUUCCGGGCCAGCAAGAGUUGCCAGCGCUUCGCCCGAGCAGCCCAACUAUUCCAACCACCACCCUUCUGGUCGUUCUCAUGGUGGUGCAUCACCGGCUGCAAUAGAGUUAUCCUCCACAUCCUCGUCGAAUCCCGCCAAUUCUACCCUCAAACGACAUCCUCCCUCUUCGAGACCUCGGCAACAUGACCAAUACCCCGUGAAGACCUCCAAUCCCACGACAGAUCAGAGCCUAGUGAACCACGUCCCUUCAACACCCUUUGAUAAGAUGGAUUCCGCCGAGGCUGCCCCUGGCGACACCCAGGUCGUUUCUCAGUCGGUGUACGAUAGCAUUAUUCGACAAAAUGGAGAAUCCAUGUAUCAGGGACUUUCAGAAAACGGGGCCGAUGGUGCAACACUCCGAACAUUGCAUGAAGGAGAGAGUGGGCAUAUUAAUCUCCUUUCCCAAUUCGAUACUGCACAGCACGAACGCAAUCGGUCCCCGGAUCACGGUGAAGAGAGCAACUACGACGGGUCUGAAUCAUCUCCAAUGGCCUACACUACAGAGUUCUUCCCUGAGUCCCAGCGAUUCUUGGCCACAACGCCUGGCACUGCGGUAAAGGUGAACCAGACGCCGGGUACAUCAAUGCGAACACCGACCGUUCCCCACAACCCGCUAGCUGGUGAUAUUGAGUCGAGCGGAGGCAUGCUAGCCCUGAGCCAGCUCUUCAAAGCUACUCAGGCACCUUCAUCGCCCUUGGUACAUACCCAGCAGCUGGAGCUGGUAUCCGACCGUCCCUCCCCAAACCUUCCAAUCCAACAUCGCCGCAUUACAAACACCGUGUCUUCGCCAUUGAUAGAACGGCCAUUGCACUUUGCCAGAGAGUCUUCCGAGCCAAAUCUGCACUACAUUUCACUCAAGGACUCCCAGUCCAGGCGUGACAAGUCUUUGGGAGAUAGGCUCACUCGCUCGGCUAAUAACAUGCAGACGAGCGAUGACCUCGACCAUGAAUUCUAUAAAGAGUCGAGUUUUGUCGAGAACGCACGGCGGCAGCGCCAAAUCGAUGAAGAAACAGCUGCCCAGUUUGCUGCCCUCAACGCUCCUUCCAGAUCUACCACCGGUCCAGUUACCUCACCAAGUCGAACAACUGAUGAACGACGGCCAGACGAGCCUGCCCAUGAAGCAGCAGGAAGCGAAGAAGAGACCGAACAAGAGGACGAUCUUGGCCCACAAGUACCGCAAUCGCAAGAGAUCAUGCAAUCCUCAGAGGAGGAUAAGGAGAAUUACAACGGUCCUCCGGUCUGCACAGAUGCAACUAGUAGUGCACAUGAUCGGCUCUCCCAAGCCUUAGCAAUUGAUGAGCAUGAAUCAAUGGCGGAUCAGGGCUCCGCCGUUCCCAGUCAACAUCAUCCUACCGCAUUUCCUUCAAACGAACAGUAUUCUGGCCGAUCCUCCCAGGUGGUGGUGAAGGAUUCCCAGCAGACGCCGUAUCAAUCUCCCAAACUGGAUGAGCAAUCGUCCAGACCACCCUCGCAGCACUAUGACACGUCGGUCGACCAAAUGUCGGACGUGGAACAAAAUUCGCCAGUUCGCCCACGUCUUCGAUCGUCACCACCUGGUUCUCGACCAAAGGAAGGACCAUGGUCCCACCACAAUCAAACCACUGAAAUAGACACUGAGGUUGUGAUUCAGGCCACUUCGUCCAACGAGACCAGGCGUGUUCAAUCCAGCAACCCAUCAGAUCGAGAAGCCCCAGGAUCACUUCCUCAAGGGACGGACCCUGGUCUUGAAACUAAAUUGUCUUCAAUGCCCUCGCGCGUCACGGAGACGCCGGUUCACCUGCGACCGCAGAUAAGUGAUAUCGCUCGCAUGACGAGCAUUCCGGAGACAAGUCCCAAUCAGACUCGGCCCAGCGAAUGGGAGGGUGAAUCCAAUGGUGAUGGUCUCAAUAACGAAGACGAUGAUCUACCCCCAAUGUUUCCCGUUCAGAGCGUCACCCGACGCUCACGCCUUGGGCCCUCUCAAACACAGUCUUCUCCAAUCAAAAUGAUCCAAGCGCAAGAAGUGCAGUCCCAAAUCCUGUCCAGCCCCAGUGGAAGACAGCGCCGGGCAUUGACUGCCAUCGCUGCUAGCGCCUCCCCUCAAGUCGACCACAAAGUGGACUGGGGCCUCGAUUUCUUCACGGCCGAGGACGAAGAAUUCAAUGCUCUUGUCAUCGAUGGGUCCCCAACACGCCCCAGGAAGAGACGACGUGGAAAUUUGGGCCAAAGUUUUCGGCCGUCCGAUAUAGACCUUGUGUCUACCCCUCGCGCUCAUCUUCCGAAGACGGUGGCUCCCAGUCAACCACCGUCGAGUGCUGAGAAGCCGCCGUCCAAUUCACAGGAGAUGCUGGCAGUUCAGGUUCCAGUCACCACAAUUGGCAGACAAAUGGAGUUUUUAUCACGACCGUCUUCCCGCUCCACUUCACGCCCAGCUGCGCGAUCGACUUCGAGACCGGCUGCACGAUCCACUUCACGACCGGCACCAAGAUCUAUUUCACGACCUGCCUCACGAUCGGCCUCACGACCUCCUUCGCGAUCGGCUUCACGACCGGCGUCGCGUGCCUCAUCGCGACCCCCCUCCCGAGCUCCUUCUCGACCUCCAUCUAGGAAGAGAGAGAAUGUUUGGGAGGUUGAGAGUCCGCAGCGGGUUGAUCGCCGAAGGUCCAGAUCAAGGCACGGUAGACUAAUGACCUCGCGGGAUCCACCACCACAGCGUAUUCCAGUCAAGUUUCCAGAUGAGAAACCGACUGCACGACCAGUCAUCGUGCACAAUCCCCAACCAGCUCUAUCGUCUGAAUUGACCGAUGUCGACUUGCUUUCCGAUAUUUCAAUGAUAUCUACAAGUAACAUCACCAAGAGUCCUUCGACUACACCUCAACCGCACCGCACUGCUCCGGACACUAACCACUCGGAAAUCCUUGCACCAAAUCAAGUCAUUGCCGUCUGGCAGGGCCAAAAACGUGCUUACUACCCUGGAACAUGUUUUGGCGCACCUCUUGGAGUGUCACAGGGCAAGUAUUCUGUGCAAUUCGACGGCAGUCUCCCUGUUGAGGUCAUCAAAGGUGCCGUGAAGCGGCUUGAGCUUCGGGUUGGUGAAGAAGUUAAGGUCGAUAUGCCUGACUUUCCCAAAGUGGCUCAUGUGAUUCGUGGAUUUAGCGAUCGCCUGACUCGGGAAGAGAUUCUUCGUGCCGCAGAAAACGGCCUGUAUCCACAGACCGAUGUAUAUGGGUAUUCCAGCGUGAUCCUUGGAUCGAAGCAACGCAAGAGUCUGCCCAAUGGUGGAUUCAAUGCCCCAGAUACGCUGACAAAGGUGCCGAUCGCCCGGAUCUACAUGGAUACGAUCUUGUGGAACCGGUUCAAAGACAGAGAUUUCACGCACAAGCAGGAGACAGCGCCACUGGAAACCACGUUCCGUGCUUCAUCUAUGAGAUCUUCCUUGCCAACGUCUCCAAAUUCCCGUGUUGCUCGCAGUGUUUACGACCCUGCUGGCAUCUUUGCAAAGAUGGCCUUCGCUGUUUCCUACAAGGACGAUGAAGCCUCCAAAAACCGCAUCACAGCACUCAUACGGGAUAAUGGUGGUUUGUUGCUAAAUGACGGCUUUACGGAACUAUUUCAACCUGCCUCCGUCGAGACACCGAAAAAGGGCGGCGGGAGUAAUGGAGUCUCAAAAAUCAGUGGUCUGUCUCUAAAUACGGAUGCAGCAGAUAUUGGUUUCACAUGCUUGAUUGCCGAUACGCACUCUCGCCGUGAGAAGUACAUGCAGGCAUUGGCCCUGAACAUACCAUGCCUGUCAGGCCGUUGGGUUGAAGAUUGCAUUGCCAAAGGCCGCAUUCUUGACUGGGAGAUCUAUCUCUUGCCCGCCGGAGAGUCGAAAUACCUCAACGGGGCCACAAGGUCUCGGAUCAUGACGCCUACCUCUCCGAUGGAGGCUCGCUUGUCAGAGACUAUUGCCUCACGGCCAAGAUUACUUGAUGGAAAAUCGGUGCUGAUCGUUAUGGGUCGUGGGAAAGCCGAAGAAAAGCGCAAGGCUUAUGUCUUUCUCACGCUUGCUUUGGGCGCCUCUUGUGUGGAGCGUGUUCCUGAUCUUGAGACGGCCAAGGCAGCUUUAGACUCUCAGUCUGAAGCGUCCCCGUCGCCUUCCAGCUGGGACUUCAUUUACGUGGAUGAUGCAGACCAGAAUGCAGCCAAGUCCAUGUUAGCAUCCGCCAAACCACAAGCCACUCCUUUCGUAAACGGAAGGAAAAGGAGGAGAUCAACUGUGACUAUGGCGAGACCCAAUCUAAGAGCUCUUCUUGGACCGCAAGUUGUGGGCAGUGAGUUUGUCUGCCAGAGUUUGAUUCUCGGACGACUGUUCGAGGAGUGA